UGUAAGGUGCAGCCCUGGUCACUCUGGGCACGUAGUCAAAAUGAGGUUUUUUUCCGGCGUUUUCGUAAUUUUAUUAAUUAAACUUUUCCAAAAUGCCAACGCCGGCGAGGUGGAAGUCGUCGGCUGCGGUGGAUUCAUCAAGAGCCACGCCGAGAUUGACUUUUCCCGGGUGGAGAUCAAACUGCUGACCAAGCAGGGAUCCCUGAAGGACAAGACGGACUGCUCACCCUCUAACGGAUAUUACUUCCUGCCGAUUUAUGAUAAGGGCGACUACCUGCUCAGCAUUUCUCCGCCACCGGGUUGGAGCUUCGAGCCGGAACAGGUGGAGUUGAACUUCGAUGGCAAGACCGACGUUUGCAGCCAGGGUCGCGAUGUGAACUUUGUGUUCAAGGGCUUUGGCAUCACCGGUCAGGUGGCUCUCGCCGCCGGCGGCGGUGCCCGAGGCGUAGACGUGGAGCUGCGAUCUGAACAGGGCGAAGUCCGGCGCACAAAGAGCGAUGCGAACGGAGUGUUCUCAUUUACGCCCAUUAUUCCCGGUAACUACGUGGUCAAGGCAUCGCACGCAAGGUGGCACUUCUCCAAGGCGGAGCACAAGGUGGUUGUGGUUAGCGGCAACACCGAGCUGCCGGCGAACUCUUUGGUAGUCUCAGGAUUCGAUGUGGUUGGUCGCUUUGAUUCCAGCUCGCCGCUUCCUGGAAAUCUGGGUGUGGCUCUUUACAAGAAGAAAGGACAAUCUUUAGUGCCAAAAUGUGAGACAUCCUCCCCAGCGCCGCCUAAUAGUGUUAAUAGCGCAUACGAAUCCGCAUCCUCCUGCUUCUCCCAGUUGGACAAAUCGGGAGAGUAUAUUUUCAAGAACGUGCCAUCUGGAAAGUACCUGUUGCAAGCUAUCAACCUAGAUUCCAAGUUGAAGCUGCACUUGAGUCCUGAGCUGUUGGAACUAGAAGUGGGCAAGGAUACGCUGCAAAUCAAGGACGAAUUUAAGAUCACAGGCUUCACCGUUUCUGGUCGAGUUCUGACCUCCGCCGGAGGGGAACCGCUAAAGUCAGCUGUUAUUAAAGUUAAUGGAAAGAAGGUGGCCGAGACUGAUGCCCAGGGCUCAUAUACGUUGGAAAACUUAAAGGCAGGCACAGUCAACAUCGAAGUGGAGUCCUCCCAGCUGCAGUUUUCUCCCCUGCAAGUCAAGGCUCAGAUCAACACAGCUUCCCUGCCCACCAUUGUGCCAUCUGCUUAUGAGGUGUGCGGAAAAGUAGUGUCGCCGAAAUCACAUAAUGUGGGACUUACCAAGAUCGGCUCCACCUUCCACUCGUCGGCUUCCACAAACGCGGAGACCGGAAACUGGUGCGCCUUUCUUCCUGUUGGCAAAUAUACCAUUGAAGUGCUGACGACGGAUGCUGACAAGGCCGCUGGAGUGCAGUUCUUCCCUGUUCAGCAGCAGACGGAGGUUCGCGAUGCACCCGUCAAUGGCAUAACCUUUUCCCAGCUGCGCGCAAAGAUUCGCGGCGAACUGCAGUGUCUGCCUGAUGCUACCGCCACCUGCACUUCCGCUGAGGUCACCCUGCAGGCCUUAGAUGCCACCGGUCAGCCCACGGAGAACAAGUGGAAGGCCAGGGCACAUCGUGGCAAAUACGUUUUUAAGGAUAUGCUUCCCGGUCCCUAUGAACUUACAAUUCCCCAGGGAAAUCUCUGCUACGAAUCGACCCGCGUGUUCCUGAACGUUGCUUCUGCUGAAGAAGAUGCUCCCCCAUUUGUACACAAGGGCUACGAGGUGUCCAUUAUCUCUAGCCAUCGGGCACUGAUGAAAUACACCCACGUCACUGGACCUUCUGAGCCAAAGGCACCUACUGAAUCGCUGAAGAUUGCGUCAGGAGUGAAUACCUUUUGCGUGAAGAAGUAUGGUAGCUACGAUUUUAAGCUAGAGGGCUGCCACACGUAUGAUGAAUCGUUACCCAGCAAAUUCAUUACACCAGAACCAGAUCAGUUGCAAACACUAAUCAUUAAUGCAGUGGCCCACAAGACUGGCGUUCGAGUUCUGUCUACCGAACCCACUGCUGAUUCCAUUAAGCUUGUGCUCGAAUCUGAAUCGCUGGGUCAGGAGGUGAUCACACCUGUUGCUGAGUCCCACAAAGUAGAUGGCAAGUUCGCCUACCGCUAUGACACGUAUUUGAAACCGGAACAGGUACUUCGUAUUACACCAGUGAGCGAUGUCCUACUGUUUGCGCCCCAGCAACACGAAAUUGUUGGCAGCAGCGAUUGUGUAGAUAUUGCCUUCAACUUUGUGGCUACCAGAGGUUUGAUUCUACGCGGAAAGGUUGUUCCUGCCAUUAAGGAUGCAAAGAUCACACUGUCUUUCCCUGAUCAGCCUGAGUUGGAGAGCCUGGAAGUACUCACGUCCGUCACCGGAGAAUUUAAGUUUGGCCCAAUUGAAGAGUCUCUUGCUUUUGACCUUAAGGCCGAAAAGGAGUCGUACGUUUUCAGCGACUACAACCGCCAGACAGCUUCGUUUAGUGCUCACAAACUCUGCGAGAUUUCGGUGGUUGUCAAGGAUGAGGCUGGUCAGACAUUGGGCGGAGUCCUCCUUUCGCUGAGCGGUGGGGAGAGCUAUCGCAAGAACCUCGUCACCGGCGAUAAUGGAGCUAUUAACUUCCACUCCCUUUCGCCAUCGCAGUACUACCUGCGACCCAUGAUGAAGGAGUACAAAUUCGAGCCCAACUCAAAAAUGAUUGACAUUAAGGAUGGCGAGACUGUUUCUGUUACCCUUGUUGGCAAGCGUUUCGCUUACUCGAUCUUUGGCACAGUGAGCUCCCUAAACGGCGAUCCCUUCGCCGGCGUUAAUGUUCAGGCCACAGCCGAUAAUUCGUGCCCCCAGCAGCCGGAGGAGGCCACCAGCGAGGCGAAUGGACAGUAUCGCAUCCGAGGUUUGCAACCUGGCUGUAGUUACUCCGUUCGCGUCGUUCCCGACAAGGAAAUCGUAGAGCGAUCUAUUCCUGCCCAGCACACGGUUAAGGUGGCCAACGAGGAUGUGCGUGACAUAAAUCUGGUGGCUAUUAGCCCCUUGAAGAUUGUAGACAUCACUGCUAGGGUGACGGCCACACUCAAUGAACACUACAAGACGCUGCGCAUUGUGAUGUACCGCAAAGGAAACUCGGAUUCUCCUGUGUUCUCGCAACGUGUGGGCACCCCGGUGAAUCCUAAAGCAAGACUGAACCCUGGUAUCACCGUCUUCUUCCCUCGCAUUCCUCUGGACGGCAAGAGCUACGUGGUAGAACUGCAGUCCACCCUCUCCGAUAAAACAUAUACCUACAAGCUGCCAUCGACUACGUUUGUGGCUGACAGGGGUUCCGUGUUCGUUGAGUUGGAGUUCAAGCCGGAGGUGCGCGCCGCCGAAGCGGAUCUCAACCAGAAUUCGAUUUCGGCUCUGGUGCUCAUCGCCUUGGUGGCCAUUGCCUUCUUUAAGCAGGAUCUGGCCACCAGUUUCCUCAGCUUCGUGUGGAGCAAGCUUAACGAUGUCGCCGCCGAUCUCGCCCAGCGACAGAAAAGCAAGACACAGGUGCGCAAGAACGAGCCAAUCAACCAGCGCGAGAUUGAACAGAUGGCCGACCAGAUAAAUGCCAUCAAGAAGAAAAAGACCAAGAAGAUUUAGUUCCGACUGAUAGUCGCAUUAGUUGUUCAAUUUAGUCACAUUUCGAGGUAUUCGCGGUAGGUAUUCAUUUGGUUUUUGUUUCUGUGAGAUUUUGUUUAACCCUUUUUAAUUUGAAUUGCAUUUAAGAAAACGUUGUAAUUUUUCACUUUCCAUACAUAGAUUGAGGCAAGUUUAUUUGUGUUCGUUAUCCACUCUUAUAGCUAAAAUAAAUAAAUACAAUUAAAUAGAUU